UCUUUUCCCAUUCUCUUGUCGCCUGGUCAGGUGACCAACGCUGGAGCAGCUGUGCAGCCUCGCAAUCGUUCUCCAUCACACAUUUUCACACUGAAAGGCAUUCGCACCUAAGAGGAACGGCAGACAAACCAGCGGAACCACAGAAUAAAACCCAACACACUCCGCAGUGGACGUGUUGCCACAGGAACUAAGACAUGGGGGACCACACGGCACUUCUGCUGUUGAUGGUAGCGACCUUGACGCUUGCCAUCGAGGUGCCAUCGGAUGAGUCUGCAGGUUUGCUGGCAGAGCCCCAGGUGGCCAUGUUCUGUGGGAAGCUCAACAUGCACAUCAACAUCCAGACCGGCAAAUGGGAGCCCGACCCCAGUGGCACCAAGAGCUGCAUCGGCACCAAAGAGGGCAUCCUGCAGUACUGCCAGGAGAUGUACCCCGAGCUGCAGAUCACCAACGUAGUGGAGGCCAACCAGCCGGCCAGCAUUGCGAACUGGUGCAAGAACGGCCGCAGGCAGUGCCGCAGCCAUGUGCUUAUUGUGGUGCCCUACCGCUGCCUUGCUGGAGAGUUUGUAAGCGAUGCCCUCCUGGUCCCGGAUAUGUGCAAGUUCCUGCACCAGGAGCGUAUGGACAUGUGUGAGAGCCAUCUGCACUGGCACACCGUGGCCAAGGAGUCCUGCGGAGACCGUACCAUGAAUCUCCAUGACUACGGGAUGCUGUUGCCAUGUGGCAUUGACCGCUUCCGCGGCGUUGAGUUUGUGUGCUGCCCGGUGGAGUCCCAGCGCAACUCUGACAGUGAAGAGCCUGACGAUGCUGACUCAGUGGUGUGGUGGGGAGGAGCCGAGGAGAACACUGACAACACUGAUGAGAGUAUGCCUCGUGAUCAGAUGCCUGUAGAUCAGCAGCAGGAAGAGGAGGAUGAGGAGGAGGAGGCCGAGCCAGCCGUGGUGGAGGAGGAAGAGGAGGAGGAAGACGAUGACAUCAUUGAUGAGGAAGAGGAGGAGGAAGAGGAGGCUUGGGACAACGAUGAGGAUGGUGACGGAGUGGAGGACGAGGAUGAAGAUGAUGAUGAAGACGACGACGCCACAGAUGAACGCGACACCAGCGAACAGACUUCCAACAUCGCCAUGACAACCACCACCACUACCACCACCACUGAGUCCGUGGAGGAAGUUGUGAGAGAGGUGUGCUGGGCUCCGGCUGAGACGGGGCCGUGUCGAGGCAUGCUGCAGCGCUGGUACUUCAUGGCAGAGAAGGGCCGCUGUGCGCAGUUCAUCUUCGGGGGCUGCGGCGGCAACCGCAACAACUUUGAGUCGGAGGAGUACUGCUUGUCCGUCUGCAGCAGCAGCCUGCUGCCCACCAUGGCCCCAAGCCCCCCCAACGCCGUGGACCGCUACCUGGAGGCACCUGGCGAUGUGAACGAACACGCCCACUUCCAGAAGGCCAAGGAGAGCCUGGAGGCCAAACACCGCGAGAGAAUGAGUCAGGUGAUGAGGGAAUGGGAGGAGGCUGAGAGGCAGGCCAAGAACCUACCUCGUGCUAGCAAAAAGGCCCUCAUCCAGCGCUUCCAGAUGAAGGUGGAGGCUCUGGAGCAGGAGGCCGCCAGCGAGCGCCAGCAGCUGGUGGAGACACACAUGGCCCGGGUGGAGGCCCUCCUCAACGACCGGCGGCGUCUGGCCCUGGAGAGCUACCUGACUGCCCUGCAGGCCGACCCCCCCAGGCCCCGUCAGGUGUUCACCCUGUUGAAGAAGUAUGUGCGUGCUGAGCAGAAGGACAGGCAACACACUCUGAAGCACUUUGAGCACGUGCGCAUGGUGGACCCCAAGAAAGCCGCCCAGAUCCGACCCCAGGUGCUGUUCCACCUCCGUGUGAUUGAGGAGCGCAUGAACCAGUCGCUGGGCUUCCUCUACAAGGUGCCCAUGGUGGCCAACGACAUCCAGGACCAAGUGGCGUUGCUGAUGCAGAGGGACCAGUCAGAGGUGGCCCAGCAGGUGUCGUCUCUGCAGACGGAGAAGCGCGUGAGCUACGGCAACGACGCCCUGAUGCCCUCCCAGACCUACAGCACCACCCCGCUGGACUCCGUGCCCCCCGAGCAGGACGGCCCGGGCUUCGUCCACCCCGAGAGCUUCAACCAAGCCAACACCGAGAACCACGUUGAACCUGUUGAUGCCCGCCCCAUUCCUGAUAGAGGACUUCCCACUCGUCCUGUGUCUGGCCUGAGACCUGAGGAGAUGCCCGAGGUCCGCAUGGACACCGAAGACAGACAGACCGGCUAUGAAGUACAUCACCAGAAACUGGUGUUCUUUGCUGAGGAUGUGGGCUCCAAAAAGGGAGCCAUUAUCGGGCUGAUGGUCGGCGGCGUUGUCAUAGCAACUGUCAUCGUCAUCACUUUGGUCAUGCUGAGGAAGAAGCAAUACACCUCCAUCCACCAUGGUGUCAUAGAGGUGGAUGCCGCCAUCACUCCAGAAGAGCGCCACCUGACCAAGAUGCAGCAGAAUGGCUAUGAGAACCCCACCUAUAAGUACUUUGAGCAGCUGCAGAAUUAAGCCCCCUAGCUCCCCCAGCUUCCACUCAAUCGCACGCGCGCGCUCAUAGCAGCCCCAUCCCUCUCCAGCGCACCAUCCAGCACCCCUCAGGCCUCACCCCCCCACCCCACCCCACCCCCAUGCCCCCCUCCCAAGCCCAGGGGCAACACCGGCACAGCCGUCUGACCAGUCACAAUACCCCACCCCACCCCGGGAGGCCACGGUCGCCUGACUGCUUUACCCAAUCACAGACAGGCUGAGAUACCUUCCUUCGCUGCGCACAGAUUCAGAGAUGAUUGUAAUGGGAAAGACCCACCCGAGGUCCAUCUGUCUGUCUGUCCAUCUGUGUGCCCUCACGCUGUGCUGUGGCGCCCAGUGCUGCCACUCCUGCUGCACUCUGGGUAAGGGAGGUGUGUGGCGGGGGAGGGGGUGCCGGCUUCAGCUCUCCUUUCUUCCCCCAAUUCCUCCCUCCCUCCUCCGUCUCCCCAACCCCACCUGCACCCCCUCCAUUGGCUUCAUCUCUGACCCAUUCCACACAGAUGACAGCUGUGCUAUGUUUGGGCACGGCCUGCCCUAUUACACCCCCCCCCCCCCCACACACACACACCCCCCCCUCACUUCACUCAGGCACCCUCCAGAUGAGGUCAUCCUCCAGCACAUUUCAAGAGAAUUAUUCCAGGUUUCCUUUUUUUCCAGAAAAACAAUGAAAAGACAAAAAUAUAUAUACAGCAACACUUACGGAGAUAAGCAAUGAAUGUUUCUUUUUUAUUUGGUGUGUAAUAAUGUGUUGAAAUAAGGCAGAAACCUUAGCUGUUUAUCUAUGUAGUGCAUGACGAUUUUUGACAGGGAGACAGACAGCCCAGGGCUCACACCAGCUCGCCUGGACCCCGCCGCCUCCCACGUAGAGUUUAGAAGGAUUGUACAUUUUAGUGUCCUCUUGUGAUCACGUGAUUUUAAAAAUGAAGAAGAAAAAAAAAUAAUGAGAAACUGAGAAAAAAAAAUAAUUCCUAAAUCCACUCUGCUUCUUUCUCAUCACAGAGACAUGGCUUUGAAAAUGAGGUCUGCGCUUUUUCGGUUUAUUUGUUUUUGUUGUUGUUUAUUUUCUUUAAGGACUGUGCUACACACCCCUUCUAGCAUGGGGCUGGAGAUCCUGUAAUGUAAUAUAUAUAUAAGGAAAGCUUAAUAUUAUCUUAAGUUUGAGGCUUCUUUUUCUCGUCUGAGAGAAAAUGAUUCCCGCGCACGCCGUUUUUCUUGAGAGGGAAUGCACAAGUUACCCUAUUACGUUUUCAUUCCACGUUUAGGAUUCUUGGGAUGUGGUUUGGAAAAGAUUGGGAAUGGUUUUACCGAAGUAUAAAUGGGAUUGUGUUUCAGAGUGAGGCCAAAAAAAAAAAGUUAAUUACCCUCCAUUUUGGAUUCUGUGUAUAUUUAAUUUCCCUCAAGAUGUCCAAGCAUUCUACUUCAGAAAAAAAAAAUAAUAAACAAAUGAAUUUCCAGUGUCUGUGAUAUUCACGAGCACGGAAUGGGAUAGUGACUAGAACACCUCUGAAUCAGCCUUUUUUUUCCCCCCUUCCUCUCGACUACUCUGAGUCUUCUUGCUCUUUCACGCUCACCGUCCUGGUGCCGAGUCAGCAGUUUAUGGCGUGCUGAUGGAUUCGCCUGAGGGUUAAUAGAAGUAGGUUGUGGGCUCAAAGGUUGAUCGAGAGAGUCAGUGUGCAAAUCUGAAAUACAACCUUUACUCUUCAAUGUCUCAUUAACACACACACACACACUCUCAUGCACACACACAAAGCUUACACACGCCUUGUGGUAUGUGUGUGGUUUCAGGCCUCUGUUGUCUCAGAAACACAUGCAUGAUCAUUGUGCAGUAGUUACUGGACGGCCGAUAUCUAGUCACACCUAAGAACGAGGAUUCACAUUAGUUGGUAGAUAGGUCGAGUGAAUGACUGGAAGUGAAACCCGAGUCAUCACUCUAGGUACUGGGGGAAAAGUGGAUUGGUCAAGAGGCCAUUGUGGGUUAUGAUCCAUAGUGCAUUCUGAGAAGAAUAAAUGUAAGUCAAGGGCCGGGUCUCCUGCCAAAAUGAAUGUGACUUUAAACAUUAGUGCAAUUAAUGACACACCUCAUGGACUGACACUAUAUACAACACUAGCACACACUCAAACAAAGCACUUAAAAGGUCUCAGUCCGUAUUCCUUUGUAAAGAGUUGAACUGGUUAAACUGAAGUGGAGGAGGUGAUCGCAUUCUGUUUUUUUCCUCUGAUAUUUCCUUCUCUCUGUGACUGUUUUUCCCCUCUGUGUCUGUAUAAAUCAUCAGCUUAGAAAGAGGGGGGAAGCUUUCUACACUGUAUCCCAUGAAUAAAGUUUUGAAUGUACAUACAGA